UCUAAAUUUCCGCAAUUGCAAGUCUGCGCCGCCAGUUCCCCGUCCCACCUGCCUAGCUCGAUUUUCUUCUUUCUCUAUUGCCGACGUUUAUCCUUUUCAUCAUCCGUGUCUCUUCGUUGUGAACAAUGUCUGCAAAGAAGCCUGCUGUUAAAUCGUCCGCCAAGAGGGCCACCAAGCCCACUCAUCCGCCUUGGUCUGACAUGAUCAAAGAAUGUAUCGCCGCGCACACAGAGGAUGCGCGUCUAGGUGUUUCUCGUCCUCAAAUCAAAAAGUUUGUCGAAGACAAAUACAAGCUUGUCAUCGGCGCUGCACAGAAUACUCGGCUGGCGAGGGCGCUCACGUCUGGAAGCGAGAAAGGGGUGUUCGUUCUUCCCAAAGGCCCUUCUGGUCGCGUCAAGCUUGCGCCAAAAACCAAAGCAGUCGAUACUUCGGCCACCAAAGAGAAUAAACCUACAACGAAAGUCAAGUCUGCCACCGCCAAAUCUACUCCCAAGACUACGACGGGUAAACAUGCCACCACUAAAUCAGUAGCGACUAAGUCCAAAACUGCCGCUAAGACCAAAGCUACUAAGACUGCAAAGAAGCCGGUCGUUGCGAAAAAGUCAGCUGCAAAGCCAAGAACGACGGCUACAUCGGCCGCCGCCUCCAAACCCACAGGAACUGCACGUACGACCGCAGCCGCUAAGAAGGCAUCUUCUGUGAAAGUGUCUUCUACAAGAGCUAAAGCAGCCCCUAAGAAGACGUCUACAGCCAGUAAAGCUACUAACAGUAAGAAAACAACAACUACCGCAAGACGUGUUCCUGCGAAGAAGGCCGCCACCGGUACGGGUGCCACGACGAAGGCCAAAGCCGCCGCAAAGAAAGCCAUUGUGAAGAAGACAACUGCUAAGGCUGCUACCAAGACCAUACGGAAGAAGCCCACGAAACGGUCGUAGGAAAUGAUACGGAACAUUUCCAUCCCGUCUUUCCCGGUAUCUUUUAUAUCUUCAUUUCUCCACCAUAUUAACGUCUUUUGGUGUCAUGUUUCGCAUAAUUUAUGUUCCCAGUAUGUAUUUGCCUUCAUCAAGUAUGUACCACAUACAUUAUUGUCUAUAGUUUGUAUAUCACAUCAUAGCAGGCCGAGCUAUUCAGAUCUUGAGAUGUAACAUGUAUAGGCAGUAUUGUUGCCAUGAAGAGCUUUCAUGCAAAUUAUGUACCGGUUACGAAAAAACUGCAGUCCCGCUCAAGUAGGAUCAAGUAUAUUGAUCAGGAC